CAGUGAGGAUGUAUAGAAUUUAACCGUCUUGUUUGUUUAUAAUGACUGGAGUUGCAACGCUUGUAGGGGACAUACAUCAUCCGUUAGGUGGCGCUCCACUCGCCAUGUUGGCCGCACAGUGCAAUAAGAUCACCUCGAAAUCCCCACCGCCUCUCGCUGACGCUGCCGUCGGUAAAGGAUUCUAUCCCUGGAAAAAACCUGAACACUCGUCGGCAAUGGAUCCAGCCAACCUUUUGUUCGUUCCGCAACAGAGAUCGUCGUUUACGUCGACGACGUCACCGAGUUACGUCAGACCCGUUUCUAGCGUUAACGGAAGUGGAUCUUACGGAAAUGAUUUACUGUAUCCCUCCGUGAGUUCAACGUCUUCGGGUUCGCACAAUUCAUCAGAUUCGCCCCAAGCCGCUUCGUACCUACAGAAAAUGCACAGUGAAACCGCGUGGGCGGAUACUGGGAUAUCCGGAAUGUACUCUCGCGUUGCUGGUGUAACUGCGCAACACUAUGACGCUUGGCCGUUUGGUUUAGGAUCAAAUCUUAAAACCGAAGUGGGGGCGUCUGUUAACCCCGUUUCGCCAUUUUGGGACAUGCAUACUGGAACCGGAAAUUUGUAUCCGGACGUGACGUCACCAAGUUCUGGACUUCACUCACAGAUGUCAGGAUAUCCUGGUGAUUUGAAACUCGGACAUUCUCUCAGUUCAAAUUCCGGGUCUUUAUUUUCUUCCGGACAACAGCUAUUCCAAGACCCAUACAAAGCAAUGUAUUCUUCAGCUAAUGAUUUGGGAACGUCUGCUGUAAAUCCAUUCUUGUCACGACCUGGGAUGACCAACAUUCCGAGUCCGAAGUCAUCCAAACGCUAUUCCGGACGUGCCACGUGCGCAUGCCCGAACUGUCACGAAGCUGAGCGUCUAGGUCCUGCAGGCGCUCAUUUAAUAAAGAAGAACGUUCACAGCUGCCAUAUACCCGGAUGCGGAAAAGUGUACGGGAAAACAUCACACUUAAAGGCCCACUUACGUUGGCAUACAGGUGAAAGGCCGUUCAUUUGUAACUGGUUAUUCUGUGGUAAGCGUUUUACACGCUCUGACGAACUUCAACGUCAUUUGCGUACGCAUACGGGUGAAAAACGUUUCGCUUGUCCCAUCUGUAACAAAAAGUUCAUGCGAAGUGACCAUUUAGCUAAACACACGAAAACACAUAGUGAGGGGGGUAAGAAAAGCGGAAGUGAUUCGGAGGAAACCAAUGGAGAUGAGGCAUCAAGUGCGAAGUCGAUGUCACUUCCGGUGGAAAAAUGACAACGUCAUAUGGUGAUUUACAUUUAUGGAAGGAGAACUGUUUAUGAAUAUAGAUUAUAAGUUAUUCGUGUUGAAUGUUAUAAUCCAUAAUUUAUGUGUUAUUAUAUUG